AACACUUCUUCACGUAAAGUUGAACUUGUGAGCUUUAGAAUGUAUAAGAGAGCAGCAGAGCAGAACUGCCUCGCUCUCCUUCAGCUCUGCAACUCUUUGUUCAAACUCACUCAGAUCCACGCAAAAAUUCUCAAGCUUGGUCUCCAAAACAACCCUUUAGUCCUCACAAAAUUCACCUCCAUUUCUUCAGACCUUAGUGCUAUCCACUAUGCUUGUUCUUUUAUUUUCUCCCCAGAAUCAGACCUCCAUUGCUACGAUACCUUCCUUUUCAACAGUGUCAUUAAAGCUUAUGGAGAGACUACUCAUUCUAAGACCACCGCUAUAUGUUACUACAAGGAAAUGCUGAGUCAUGGGGUUGAACCUAAUAACUAUACCUACCCUUUUGUGUUCAAGGCUUGUGCUGGCAUUGGGGACUUGAAUUUAGGCAAAAUGGUUCAUGGGUCGGUUUUGAAACUUGGGUUUUGUGGUGACACUCAUGUCCUGAACGCUAUGAUUCAUAUGUACUGCAGUUGUGAAAGUGGAAUUGAGGUCAGCGAAAAGCUGUUUGAUGAAAUGUCUAAGAGGAAUUCGGUUUCUUGGAGUACGAUGAUGGGUGGGUAUGUGAAGUGGGGCAUGUCAAGUGAAGCUGUCAGAUUGUUUAGAAGAAUGCAGAUUCUUGGAGUGAAGCCUGAUGAGAUUAGUAUGGUGAUGUUGCUGUCUGCAUGUGCUGAUUUGGGCGCCCUCGAGCUUGGGAGGUGGGUGGAGUCUUACAUCGAGAGGGAGAAGAUUGAGAUGAGAUCAGAGUUAUGCAACGCGCUAAUAGACAUGUUUGCAAAGUGUGGUGAUGUUAACAACGCGUUGGAGGUGUUUAGAGACAUGCCUGAGAGUAAGAGGACUGUUGUUUCUUGGACUUCUGUUAUUUUUGGUAUGGCACUGCAUGGUCGUGGUGUGGAGGCCGUUUCACUGUUUGAGGAGAUGAAGGGAGCUGGGGUGGUUCCAGAUGAUGUUGCAUUCAUCGGAUUGCUCACUGCUUGCAGCCAUUCUGGUUUAGCAGCCAAAGGAAAACAGUAUUUUGAGUCAAUGGUCAAUGAUUAUGGAAUUGCACCGAGGAUAGAGCAUUAUGGAUGCAUGGUGGAUAUGUUAAGCAGGGCUGGAUCAGUGAAAGAGGCUAUAGAGUUCAUAGAUAGAAUGCCUGUCGCGCCAAAUCCUGUUAUCUGGAGAACUUUAAUAGCUGCCUGUCAUGCUCAUGGCGAGCUGAAUCUUGGUGAAAGAAUAACAAAGGAUCUCAUUACAAAUGAACCGUUGCAAGAAUCCAACUAUGUCCUACUCUCUAGCAUUUAUGCCAAAAUGUCGGAUUGGGAAAAGAAAACCACAGUUAGGGAAGCAAUGGGGAAGAAGGGGAUCAAAAAGGUCCCUGGAAGCACUAUGAUUGAGCUUAGUGAUGGAAUUUAUGAGUUUGUUGCUGGAGAUAAAUCUCACAGCGAGUACGCAAAGAUCAAUGAAAUGGUGGAUGAGAUGGAGAGAAACAUGAGACAAGCUGGAUAUGUUGCCACAACAUCAAACGUCUUGCUUGAUAUUGAUGAAGAAGAUAAAGAGGGUGCCCUGCACACGCAUAGUGAAAAGCUAGCCAUUGCAUUUGCACUCCUGAAGACUCCUUCCGGAUCUCCAAUUCGAAUUGUUAAAAACUUACGAGUUUGUGGGGACUGCCACUCUGCUACUAAGCUCAUAUCCCUGAUAUAUAACAGAGAAAUAGUAGUAAGAGAUAGAAGCCGAUUUCACCACUUUAAAGAUGGAUUGUGCUCAUGUAGAGAUUUCUGGUAGUUUAGUUACUGCUCUGGCAUUGAAGAAAAAGGUUUCCGACAAUUUCUCCUGCCUUAAUUUCUGACAGUUAUUUCACAUUGGUAUAUCGGGAUAAGCAUUGUUUGUGAUUGUAAGAUUUUAAGACCCUGAAAAACUACAAUGAGCAUAACAGAAGAACAAGCUAUAUCUUUCUCUUUUAAGAUUCUAAAUGAAGUUCUGG